UAGCGGACCGCGGGAGAGCGCCAUGCCAUGGCUGCAAGCCUGAGACAGGCGCCUUCGCGACGCCUUGGCGUCCAUGGGGUGUGGUCUUUGUGCUCCCAAAGCUGCUCAGCACAAAUCCUCAGCAGUGUCUCCCUCCGGGCAAUCCGUCGGAAAGGCAUUUUCCGAAGAGGCACAGGCCUCGGCUUCACGGGUUCGGCCAGACAGCUGGCGAGCUGGACGAGAGGCGCCAGUCACAGCCUCAGAUGCGGCCGAAGAGGCUGCCCAGGGUCCAAGGGAAGGGCCACGGGAUGCUGCAGAGGCGGAGCCUUCAGCCCAGGUGGACCUGCCAGGGAUGCCAGAAGGCAAAGCUGCAGAAAGCUCUCCAGUCCGGGAGCCAGAAGCCAAGGAAGCCAAAGACGCUCCUGCCAAGACCGAGAUACAGGCCAAGGACGAGAAAUGUGAAGCGGCAAGCGCUGGGGUUCAAGUCCCAGCUGUGCGCCCAAAGAGUUCUCCCAAGGCAAAGGCGAGUUCUCCGAAGGCUACAAGUUCACCCACAGAGGCGAAGGAUUCCUCUGAUGAGAGCGUGGAUGAAGAGGAAAUGGAGGCAACAUUGCGGGCAGUGGCAAGCGUGCUCACUCCCAGAAGGCAGAGCGAGGAAGGGAAAGUGCUCGAGGCCUCUGUGCCACUGCCGCCACCACGCAAAGUGUCAGCAGUUUCAGCACAGUUGGCAGUUACGGCCCGGUCGACGCGGCCGCUUUAUGAGAUCACCUCACCGAUGUCCAAGCCACAGGUGGAUAGUUUACCUUUUCCAUCUGUCACAGUAUCAACAAGCACCCAGUUGCUUCUUCUCAAGUGGGCACGUUGGGGUCGCAACAACUGCCGGAUCAAGCAAGAAGAGCAGAUCAAAUCUAUGCAGCAUAGGCGUUUCCCACGCAGCCCUCCUCCUGUCCAAUUGUCACCACAACCAACUCCUCGUGAAUCAACUCCUCGUGGGUCAGCUUCAGGAGGCGCUAGUCCAGACUCCUCUCCACCUCGCACUGGCGCGGCAGCCUGGCGAGCUGGUGGAGAGCUAGGCAUGGGCACCACGGUGCACUCGCGUGAAGGCGGAAGUCCUGGACGCGCAUUUGACUUGGCAGAGCUUCGGGAGGAGCAGCGUGAUUCUAUGGCCCAACAGGGGACGAGGAUGAAGCUGACUCGUGGCUUGGGCGGGGGUGCAGCUCAAGCACACAGCCUGGGAACACCUGGCUUCGGAGUUGACACUCCAGGUUUUCCUGGUGGCAGCGGCGUGGCGUCAGCUGAUGCAUCUGUUGUUAGCUCUGGAGUGGCUUCUCCCGUGAAGGGCGGCGUGAUGUCGCCUUGGAUAUUGGAGGCAGAGGCGCUUUGUGAGGAGACCGAAGACGAAGGUUCCCCAGGUGGAGGUGGCUGGGGAUUGGAGCCGGAGAUUGAUUCCCUUCUGAUGUUGGAGCAGGAGAUCUUGGGAAAGCGGUCACACGCCGUCGAACUGCGCAUAUCGAAGGACUCAUUGCAACCCAAAGAGGAAGACCAACCAGUGUUGGACGAAGACGAGCUGCAGCAAGUGGAGCUGUUCGAGGAGAGCCCUUCGAAGAAGUCAGCCGAGGCAGCUUCAGAACGCUGGCAAGAAACGCCCUCUUCGGAGCCACAUCAGGUGCCUGAGGACUUGUCUUCGGCGCUCACUGGUUUCGAGUAUGUUAUUGGAGAACAAGUCUCGUAUUACUCUGCUUCUCACGGUGCCUGGAUGCCAGCAAAAAUUGUGGAACGAAAAAGCAGGACGAUCUAUGUUAUCGACAAACAGAUGCGCGGAUGCCUUGCAAAGGUACGUGCCUCUGAACUGGUUUCAGAAAAAGAAGAAAAAAGCAAUCCUGUCUUGCGCGCUUUCACAAUGCUGGAGAAGUCAGAGAAGAAGCAGAAGAAGCGGCCGUCUAGCGCAAGAAGCAGCACAAGUGCAAGCUCCAAACCGCGGUCUGCAACGCCAGCAGCCCCAGCAGUCACUGUUCCCGGUCGAGGACGAAUCGUGCGGGACGAUUUCAGCGAUGAGGAUGACUGAGCCGAUGAUUUUCGUAGAUUUAGAUUGGUUGAGGGAAGAGCUGUUGAUAUUUCUGCGUCGCUUCACGCUUCAUUGCUAGUAAUAACUUUACGUGAAAUCUUUGAAACAUGCUUCGGGAUUUCAUUGAAUUCGACCUGUGCGCCCUAAAGGGGCCAAGUCUGUAUUCUAUCCUUAAAGGAU